ACGUAUUACAAUAAGCCAUAUUACUGUUAGUCUCAAACAAGAAUGGAUCUCUCCAAUAUCGAGUUCGGUGCUGCGAUGAAAGAAGAGUGUUUCCAUUUUGAGGAGGGAGUUACCUUCAUUAAUCACGGAUCAUAUGGAGCUGUCCCUACAAAGAUCAGAGAAAAACAAAAACAAUUACUUGAUGUUGUUAACGAUAACCCAGGGGUGUUCUACAGACAAAAAAAAGUAGAACUUUUUCAAAGAUCCAUAGACGCUGCAGCCAAGUUUUUAGGAGCGGAUCCUUCUAAUUUAGUUUUUGUACAAAAUGCCACAACAGGUGUGAACAGCGUUUUAAAAUCAUUUCCAUGGCAGAAAGGUGACGAGAUUUUGGCAUCAAUAUACACGUAUAAAGCAGUGGAGUAUGCAUGUAGGAAGGUAGCCGAGUUCUCUACAGGAGGACACAUUCAUCAGUUUGAGAUACGCUUCCCAAUCAAGGACGAAUCAGAAGUUGUUGAUAGUAUGACGUCAUUUCUGGACAAACAUCCCAGAAUAAAACUCGUAGUGUUAGAUCAUAUAACAAGUCCCACAGCUUUGGUCUUCCCUGUGAAGAAAAUGAUAACAGAAUGCAGAAAACGCGGGGUUUUGGUUUUAAUAGAUGCCGCGCACGCACCAGGGCAACUUGAGAUAAAUCUGGAACAACUUGAUCCCGACUUUUAUACGGGAAAUUUUCAUAAGUGGGUGUUUACACCUCGAGGGUGCGCGAUUCUCUGGAUUCGAAAGGACCACCAGAGCUGGUGUACUCCACUUGUGACGUCACAUAUGUAUAAGAACGGUAUUCAGUUGGAAUAUCGUGUUCAAGGGACACGUGAUGACAUCCCAUACUUACUGGUACCAGAUUCUAUUAAGUUUUACCAAGACGUGGGCGGAAGGGACAAGAUCGUCCAAUACACAACAACCCUUCUGGACAAGGCCAGUGCAUUGAUAGCUGAGAGACUGAAUACAGAAGUACUACAGAUUCCCAAGUCUAUGGAAGCGCCCUUCAUGAGGCUCGUUUUGUUACCUGAAAUUGAGGGCUAUGAUAAGACCUGGGAAGACGCAGAAAAAAUGAUUACGGACAUUAUGGAGAAACACAAAAUUAACUGUGUCGUGUCCGCGGCACAGGACGAGCUUUAUCUGCGACUCUCUGCUAACAUUUACAACCACAUGGAUGAUUACGAAAAAAUAGCGGAUCUUCUGUGUAAUUUCCCCAGGAAAGUAUAAAGGCAUUGCGAAAUACAAAAA